CAGAAGACAGGAAGAAGGAAAUAAGUGACAUGAGUCAGCACAUGAAACUGCUCAUGGUAAUGUGUUUGUAAAAACAUCUAGUUAAACAAAUGUUUAAUGAUUUAACACUUGGAGCUAAAGAUUUGAAAUACUACUCAAACUCUGAAAGUGAAAGUAAGUGAACAGCCUGAAAGCCUCAGGAGAAGUGAGAAUGGCUGCUAAUGUUUCACCGGAUGAGGUGGACUUUACCUGCCCUGUUUGCUGUGAUAUCUUCAGGGAUCCUGUUGUGUUGUUGUGCGGUCACAGCUUCUGUAAGCACUGUCUUCAGCAGUGGUGGAGACAGAGUGCUCUCCAGAGUUGCCCGACAUGUAAGGGACUUUUUCCAUUGGAACAGCCUCCAUAUAAUCUAGCACUGAGAAACCUGUGUGACAAUUUGAGACGAGAGAAGAGUCAGGGAUCUAAGUCAGGAUCCAAGGAUCUGAUCUGCAGCCUGCACAGUAGGAAACUGAAGCUCUUCUGUCGAGAUGACCGACAGCUCAUCUGUGUCGUAUGUAGGGAUUCACAAAACCACAAGAAGCACAACUGCAUCCCCAUCAACGAGGCAGCUGAAUUCUUCAGGGCUCAACUCAGUCCUAAUGUGAUAAGUUUCAAAACGAAACAAAGGUCAUUAAAAAAGGAAAAGCUCAAGUGUGAUAAAAUGCCAAACCACAUCAAGCUCCAAGCUCAGCAGACGGAGAAGACGAUCAAAGAGGAGUUUCAGAAGCUUUACCAGUUCCUGCAAUCAGAGGAGAGUGCUAGGAUUGAUGCAGUGAGGAUGGAGGCAAUGCUCAAAAGUGAUUCAAUGGACAUCAGGAUUAUACAUUUGACAGCAGAGAUCUCCUCGUUAACAGACAAACUCAAAACCCUACAGAAGGACAUCAAGGCUGACAACAUGACAUUUAUGCUGAAUGUCAAAUCCACUCUGGAGCGAUCAGAGUUCAACCUACCAGACCCUGAGACUCCAUUAGGAGCCCUUCUUGACGAGGCCAAACACACUGGGAACCUGUUAUUCACAGUCUGGAUGAAGAUGAAGGACAUAAUCGAACACACUCCAGUUACUCUGGACCCCAACACUGGCGGCAGCUUCCUUAGUAUAUCCGAACACAUGACUCGUUCAACAACAAUGAACACGAGUCAGACCCUUCCUGAAAACCCAGAAAGGCUGCGCGCCGAUGACGUCCUUGGCUCUGAAGGCUUUAGCCGUGGAAAACACAGCUGGGAUGUGGAGGUAGAAGAGUAUUGGGCUCUUGGUGUGGCAAGUAAAGAAAACCUCCAUACAAAGAUCUGGGCCAUUUACAGGGGCCCUUGCACUGACACCCUGUGUGAACUUACUCCAGAGAAUGAUGUGGAACUUGUAUUUGAAGAUUCAUUUCCCAAAAGAGUCAGAGUGCAGCUUGAUUAUGACCAUGGAAUAUUAGCCUUUUUUGACCUUGACAGGAAAAAACCUGUCCACACUAUCAAAUACACUUUCACAGAAACGGUCUUUCCGUAUUUUCAGCAUAACGUAAAAAUGCUUCCUGCUGAAUGGUCAGUUACGCAAAGACAACCCACUCCAGAGUCUCUGCAGGACAAGAGGGACAAAUACAAAGGAGUGGAGGAAACAUACAAGGAAGUGAUUCAAGUGUCCGAGAAGCAGCUGCUGUCCACAGAGAGGCAGAUCAGAGCAGAGUUCAUCAAGCUCCAUCAGUUCCUGAAAGAGGAAGAGGAGUCCAGACUGGCAGCUCUGAGGGAGGAAGAGGAGCUGAAGGGGAAGACUAUCAGCAGAGAGAUGAAGAGCAUUCAGGAGAACAUCUCCUCUCUGUCACACAGUAUCUCUGCUGUUGAAGAAGAGCUGCAGAAACAGAGCUCACUGUCAGACCCACAGCUGCUCUCAGGAGCGCUGCCAGAUGUGGCCAAACACCUGGGCAACCUGUCCUUCAGAGUCUGGGAGAAGAUGAAGGACCAGGUCCACUUCAGUCCUGUCAUUCUGGACCCAAACACUGCAAACAGCUGGCUCUCUCUGUCUAAUGAUCUGACCAGUGUGAGACAUGGAGACAAAGAUCAGCAGUUUCCUGAUAAUCCAGAGAGAUUCACUCAGUAUGCUGUUGUUCUGGGCUAUGAGGGCUUCAGCUCAGGGAAACACAGCUGGGAGGUGGAGGUGGGAGAUCAUCCUGACUGGAAUAUAGGUUUGACUAAAGAGUCAGUUGACAGGAAGGGAGAGAGACCAGGUGCCUCACCAAAAUAUGGAAUCUGGUGUUUAAUACAUCGCAGUGGAAAAUACACUAAUGGUGCUGGUAAGACUGUCAGAGUGGAGAAGAAUCUCCAGAGGAUCAGAGUCCAGCUGGACUAUGACAGGGGGGAGGUGUCCUUCUACGACCCUGAAGACAUGACUCCCAUCUGCACUCACACAGACACUUUCACUGAGAAACUCUUCCCAUAUUUCAAAAUUGGAAAAGAAAAUAGUCGACCUGAGACGCAGCCAGAGUCUCUGCAGGACAAGAGGGACAAAUACAAAGGAGUGGAGGAAACAUACAAGGAAGUGAUUCAAUUGUCCGAGAAGCAGCUGCUGUCCACAGAGAGGCAGAUCAGAGCAGAGUUCAUCAAGCUCCAUCAGUUCCUGAAAGAGGAAGAGGAGUCCAGACUGGCAGCUCUGAGGGAGGAAGAGGAGCUGAAGGGGAAGACUAUCAGCAGAGAGAUGAAGAGCAUUCAGGAGCACAUCUCCUCUCUGUCACACAGUAUCUCUGCUGUUGAAGAAGAGCUGCAGAAACACAACGGGCCCUUCCUCAGCAGUUACAAAGCCACUCAGAGCAGAGCCAGAGUCCAGAGCUCACUGUCAGACCCACAGCUGCUCUCAGGAGCGCUGCCAGAUGUGGCCAAACACCUGGGCAACCUGUCCUUCAGAGUCUGGGAGAAGAUGAAGGACCAGGUCCACUUCAGUCCUGUCAUUCUGGACCCAAACACUGCAAGCAGCUGGCUCUCUCUGUCUGAUGAUCUGACCAGUGUGAGACAUGGAGACAAAGAUCAGCAGCUUCCUGGUAAUCCAGAGAGAUGCACUAACUAUACUGUUGUUCUGGGCUCUGAGGGCUUCAGCUCAGGGAAACACAGCUGGGAGGUGGAGGUGGGAGAUCAUCCUGCCUGGAGUAUAGGUUUGACUAAAGAGUCAGUUGACAGGAAGAGAGAGGUAUUUGUCUCACCAGAAUAUGGAAUCUGGUGUUUAGCACAUCGCAGUGGAAAAUACACUGAUGGUGCUGGUGAGACUGUCAGAGUGGAGAAGAAUCUCCAGAGGAUCAGAGUCCAGCUGGACUAUGACAGGGGGGAGGUGUCCUUCUACGACCCUGAAGACAUGACUCCCAUCUGCACUCACGGAGACACUUUCACUGAGAAACUCUUCCCAUAUUUCAAAAUUGGAAAAGCUGGUGAUGCUAAAACUGCUGAUAUCAAAAUCUGUCAAAGUGAGAUUCCUCUGUGAUGCUCAGGAGUGUUGGUUCAGACUUUAUUCUGACUUCGUCUGUCUAGAUCCUUUUGAAAUAAUCAAGGUAAAAAACAACAGAUGAUAAUCAGAAUUUAAUUUGAGUCUGUAAGAUUUUAAAUGUUAAGAAGAUUUGAUCAUGUUUUAUUUACAGAGUUUUACACGUUUUACUCAAAGUCUCAGUGCAACAAAAGUAAUUAUUUGUUCAUUUUUAUAGUUUAUCAUUUUGUUAUACUUUAUUAUCAUGUUUUUAUAGCUUUAAUGGUGGGGUAGGU